AUGAUAAUAAGUAAUAAAUUAUUUAUUUUACUUUUAAUUUCUGUUGUAACAUUAGUAUCUACUAAAAAGGAUGAUAAAAAGAAAGAACAAGAAAAAAUUGUAAAGAAGAAAGAUCUUUCACAUGGAUUUCCAAAAGAAAUUGAUUGGAUUGAAUGGGAUAAGGCAAUAAAAAUUGCAAAAGAUCUUAACAAACCUAUUUUUUUGAUGAUUCACAAGACUUGGUGUAAUGCAUGUAAUCUUCUUAAAAAGAGUUUCUUUGAUGAUCCAGAACAAGAAAAAAUUAUUGAAGCAUCUAAAGAUUUUGUUAUGGUAAACUUAGAAGAUGAUGAAGAACCAGAAGAUCCAAAAUAUGGACCAGAUGGUAUGUAUAUUCCAAGAAUACUUUUCUUAUCAACCGAUGGUACACCAUUAAAAGUUGACAAUAAAAAAGAUUAUCCACAUAAUCAUUAUUAUUAUCCAAGAAUUAAAUCUGUUCUUAAAGGUAUGCAAAGAGCAAUAAAAGUUUUUAAUGGUGAAGAUGAAAAUGACAAAAAACUAAAAGUUGAAACAGAAAAUAUGUCUAAAAAAGAAAAUAAAGAUAAAAAAGAUUUAGAAAAAGAAAAAGAUUUAGAAAAGAAAAAUGAUACAGAAAAGAAAAAAGAUACAGAAAAAAAGAAAGAUUCAGAAAAAAAGAAAGAUUUAGAAAAGAAAAAGGAAUCAGAAAAGAAAAAAGAUUCAGAAAAGAAAAAAGAAUCUGAAAAGAAAAAAGAUUCAGAAAAGAAAAAAGAUUCAAAUAAAAAAAAAGAUACAUAUAAGAAAAAGGAGUCAGAAAAUAAAAAAGACACAGAAAAGAACAAGAAUAAUAAGAAAAUGAAGAAAGAAGAUGAUAUUGAAGGAUGCCCACAUGCUGCAAAAGCUAAAGCUGCAAAAAAAGCGGCUGAAGAAGUUAAAAAACAAAAAAAUAAGGAAGAUAAAAUAAAAAAAGAUAAAAAAUUUGAUAAAUCAGAUAAAAAAGAAAAGGAUAAUUCUAAUGAUAAGAAAUCUAAAGAUCAAAAUAAAUCAAAGGAUAAUGAUAAAAAAAGUAAAAAGAACGCAAAAACAGAAUUGUAA